AAAUAUUAAAGAAAUAGCCAGAAAAAAGGGUGGAGGGUAUUUAUUUCGAUAAAAGCAGUGGCUGCGAAGCAAGAGAAAAUAGCAAAAACAAAAUGGCGACCAGUCUUCUGCUCUCCCCUCAGCCGCUGGCCUUUUCAAAAUUCUCUGUUCCAACCAAAAACGUAGCGGUUAGCAGCCAAAGAGCAACGAGAUUCGUAGCCAAAGCAAAAAACAACGACGAAAACAAAGACGACAAAGGCUUCACUCCGUUUAGUUUCGUCACCGAUAAUCCUUCCAGUCGCAGCGCCAUUCAACUCCCCGAAUCUCCCGCCGAAGAUGGCAAUGUUGGCCAAAUGCUUUAUAGGAUAGAAGACAAGGGAAAGGACUAUGGCUCAUACGUUAAGUCUGGAAAGCUUAGAUGGUUUGUUAGAGAAACUGGGUCACCUGAAAGCCGACGUGGGACGGUUGUGUUCCUACAUGGGGCUCCAACACAGUCUUACAGCUAUCGAGUUGUAAUGUCUCAGAUGUCAGAUGCUGGUUUCCAUUGCUUUGCACCUGAUUGGAUAGGAUUUGGUUUCAGUGACAAACCACAGCCUGGAUAUGGCUUUGAUUACACAGAGGAGGAGUUUCAUGAGGAACUUGACAAAUUAUUGGAUGUCUUGGAGGUCAAGUCUCCUUUCUUUCUGGUGGUUCAGGGGUUUCUUGUAGGUUCAUAUGGAUUGACAUGGGCAUUGAAAAAUCCCGACAAGAUAUCGAAAUUAUCAAUUCUGAAUACUCCAUUAACAGUUUCAUCUCCCAUUCCCGGAUUAUUCCAAAAGCUAAGAAUACCACUUUUUGGAGAAUUUACCUCUCAAAAUGCUGUGAUGGCGGAACGCUUUAUUGAAGCAGGUAGCGCUUAUGUGCUGAAGCUGGAGAAGGCUGAUGUCUAUCGGUUACCAUAUCUGGCUAGUAGUGGCCCUGGUUUUGCAUUACUUGAAGCAGCAAGAAAAAUUAAUUUCAGAGACAUUUCCAGUCAAAUAGCUGAUGGAUUUUCAAGUGGAAGAUGGGAUAAACCAGUUCUGAUCGCUUGGGGUAUGGCGGACAAGUAUCUGCCUCAGUCGAUCGCCGAAGAAUUUCGAAAACAAAAUCCAAACUCAGUGGAGCUCAAGCUGAUUGAAGGUGCCGGCCAUAUGCCUCAGGAGGACUGGCCCGAGAAGGUUGUUGAUGCUUUGAGAAUGUUCUUCUAAUUCCCGAGUCAAUUGAUCAUCGAGUUUAUUAGCACGUUUCUUUCCUAU